AUGAUCGUGGAACUCAGCAGCAAUUCCACCACCAAGACAAUCGUGGAACUCAGCAGCAAUUCCAACACCAAGUCAAUUACUCUCAUGGAAGAGGAAGAUGAGGCCACCACUCAUAUAGACCAAAGUCAGCAAACAAGUCUUAUGUCGAAUGCUACAGAUAUCAUAGGUGGAGAAAGAACUAACUUUGCAGAAAAAGAAGAAGAGGUUUCUCUUUUGAUGGUGUGUCAUGUCAAAGACGAAACUCAACAAAACAUGUGGUAUUUAGAUAAUGGCUGCAGCAACCACAUGUGUGGAGAUAAGAAAGCAUUUUAUGAGCUGGAUGAAUUGUUCCGCACCACCAUCAAGUUUGGCGACAAUUCCACAAUUUAUGUCAUGGGAAAAGGACGAGUAACUAUCCAAACUAAAGAAAAUUCUACCCAUACUAUCUCUAAUGCUCUUUAUGUUCCAAAUUUAAAAACCAAUUUGCUUAGUGUGGGUCAACUACAAGAAAAAGGGUACGCAAUCUCUAUCAAAGAUGGAGUAUGUCAAAUUCAAGAUGCAAAGUUGGGCUUAAUUGCUCAAGUUAACAUGACGACAAAUUGA